UGGGGAGGGGCGCUUCGCGGCGGUUUGCGCCAACACCGGCACAUGCGGGUUCAGGCUGUCCCUGCCCCGUGCGGUGUCGGAGGCCUCGCCCACCCCGCAGCCCUGCGGCAGCUGCGCCCUCACGGUGGGGGCGGGGCCGCUCAUGUGCGUGGCUCUGCGCUUCCGAAUGGGGCUGCUGCCGCCGGGGGUACUGCAGGAGCCCAACCUCACGGGCUGUCUCAUCUGCGACCCGCGGAUCAAGGAAGUGAUGGAGGCGUGCGGUGUAGGCACUGGCGGCGGAGGAACCGGCGGAGGCGGCGGAGGCGCGCGGGCAAGAGGUGCCGCCGGCGCUGCCGUACGCAACGGC